CGCGAGGUUAGACAAACUUCCCCAGACUAUCGAAAUAAGGAACCGGACCUGUUCUCUUUGGUGAGCGCGGUUGAUGAACACCCUUGGAAAUGGUGCGCCAGCUGUGGGUGCCGCAGAGGUUGCUCCUAGGCAAAAGCAAUUUGAACCAGCGAUGAUGGAUGGGUUGUCCAGCUCCAAGGUCACGGUGGAGUAUCACGAUCCGUCCGGUCUCUUCCCGUUGGUUCAGGAGCAGCUUGUCGCACGCCUCCCCCUGAAAAAUCUCCACUGGAAAGCAUCAACCCGACCACUGCGGUCGAUUGACUCGUUGCAUGUAGACUUGGUACCGAGUGCAGAUACCGCAUCGCAGGCGGAGAUAGCUGCAUCUACACCAACUUCGACCACUACGGACCAAGGUAAAGGAGUUUCCAAAGAGCGACGCCAUCAAAUUCCAGGUCUUCGCCAGACUCCGUACCUUAAAGUGUACAUUCUCAGAUGCGAUGAUUCUGAUACUUACAAAUCUACUGCACGGAAGCAGGUUAGGGAGUGGGUGAAGACACAUACACCGCCAUCACAGAGUAGCUCUUCCGCAAGUAAGCAAGAGAACCAUGACGCUUUUGAAUGGAUGAUCGUCCAUGUGGUCCUGCCCGACACUCCUGCAGCUAGUCAACCUCGUGGCUCGGCAACUUCGGCCAGCGGCGAAAAAGAAAAGAGCAACCUUGCUUCUCGGUUCACUAAAGGAACCACAACUCUACUGGAGAAGUUACGCGCUGACUUCGACACUACAUCAAAGUCUGCUCCUGAGCGGGUUGCCCAGGUGCGGCUACCGAAGGACUCUGUCCCACCUCAUAUGCUCCCUCAGACGCCGGUGACAAGCCCACCCAUUACUGAGGGGCCCCAAGAGCAGGAAAGAGCAUGGAAUGACAUAAUAGUCAAGUUCAAACAAUUGAUUCUCCGAUCCUUUGAUCUUCGUGUUGGGCAAUACGAGGACGAUAUUCGCGAAAAGGACUCUCAGCGCUCGCUACCGGGCUGGAACUUUUGCACGUUCUUCAUACUGAAGGAGGGCCUUGCAAGGGGCUUUGAAAGCGUUGGCUUGGUGGAGGACGCACUACUUGGCUACGAUGAACUGUCCAUCGGGCUUGAUACUGUGAUUCGCGAGCAGGCUAUGGAAGGUAGCACUGCUCAGGGUGGCGUUAUCAGCGACCACUCCGAUGAUCUAUACGACCAGGCCUCAGCAUUGUUAGAACUCUCGCAUAACGGUGCCAACAAGGAAAACGAACAACCGCCGCAAUUUCACGAUGAUUCUCCAAUCAAUGCAAACAAAAAAGAUUACCGAGGCCAAAUUCUUUCUAACAAGAUCUCAAUUUUCGACUUCCGCACCUAUAUCUUCGCACGUCAAAUGUCGUUGUUGCUGCGUCUGGGUAAUUCUCAGUCGGUGCGAUCUGAUCUAGCGGCUAAACUACAACCACGCAUCGGUGCGAGUGUACCUCAACGGUCUGUGGAUGAUAGUAAUGUUGGCAUGAAAACAGAAAGCUCGUCUGCUGAUGCCGAGGAUUUGUUCUCUCUGGCCGAGCUGUGCUCGCGAGCCUUGAACUUCAUAACAUUUGCGGGACGACUAUUGCGAACUGACCUUUUGAAUGGUGCGAAAGCACAUGAAACUACGUUCCCCGAACAAUUUCUGGACAACCUUGUCAGAUCCUGGACGUUUUCCGCGCUGGAACAAAUCCUACGGGAGACGACAACAUAUUCGCUUCCAUUCACCAGAUUCUUCAGCGAAGCGGGUAAUCGAUCUUCUAGCAAGACUUUACCAUUCGGGAAGAAUGCGAAAGAGCAAAAAAUUGCCAUGUCGGAGCCGAAGUCGAUGAUACAUCCGUCCCGGUCAUCAUCACUGAACCAUGGUCGACCACAGUCUGUGGACACUCCGUAUGCGCAAGCUCCCUCGAGUGCGCAGACAAUAUUCGAGAACGGACAGUAUCAAGACCGAUCCACGCCCCAUCAGGAAGGCAGCUUGCCGCAGAUUAAGAAUGGACAGCAGGAACUGGCCGGUGCUAGGGCCCAAUUGUUAGCUAUUCAGAGGCGUAUUCUGGAGCGUGUAGGAAAGGCUCUGGGUUGGAACGUCGGAUGGGCUGCCGUUCUCGCAACAGUGGAACCGAAAGAAGAAUUCAAUAAUGUGGACUUGGAUGAUCAGAAUUCUGCCUCCAACGAGAAGGAUAGCUCAGACGAGGAAGACGCGCAACCCGAAGAGCCCAUCUCCGAAGAAUCUAUCGCUGGAUUAGCAGCACCUGCGCUCAGAAACGCAGCAUCAGGCUUAGACAGGUUUCGUCAGUCCUAUGAGGCUCUAAGUGACCUGAUUGUGAAGCAUUACAUGGCUGCAGGCCAGACGAAGGCUGGUGAAAGCGUGCUUGGCGACUUAGCCGCCUUGCGCUUCGAACUUGGCGAUUUUGCGGCCGCUGCUAUGUAUUUUGGACGCAUGGCUUCGACUUUUGGAGAGUCUGGUUGGAACACCGUUGAGACGACCAUGCUCAAGGUGUAUGCCCGCUGCUUGAAGAAACUGAAUCGCAAAGACGAGUUUGUACGAACUCUCUUGGAAGUGCUGGCCAAGUCAGCUGCGAGCAAGAGAUCCAUGCGAGCCCACAAGUCAGGAGCAAGCUCGACAGAAGCUUUCCAGACACCGAAAGAUUGGUUUAAUGAUGACCAAGUCAACACUGCUGGCAUAUUUUCAGAACUGGUCGACUACUCGCAGCAGUUGCCUUAUGACGUAAAUGUUCAAAUGGCGAAAUACUUCAACGACAUUGUUGUAGAGCCAUAUGUACGUCAUUUUGAUGGAAAAGAUGGAUUUCAGCUGCGACUUCAAUUCAGAAAUCUUCUAGAGGAUGAAGUUGAGUUUGACAUGGCCAAGAUUCGGCUUAUAGAUGCCGUCUCAGCGCAAGGCAAAGACAUAUGGUUGCAAAGCACAGAAGCUGCACAUGUUGCGAAAGGCGUGUGUCGAGUAUGGCUAAGCUCAAAUGUCAAUACCACGGGCGCGUAUAUUGUCGACAAGAUUAUCCUGCAAACGAAGCGAAUCGCUUUCGUUCACGAGCCUUUCACCAAAGCUGAGGCAACCACACCUCUGGGCAUCAUCACCUCCGUCUCCGCCACUUCUCUCAAGUCUGCAAAGAAGAAUCGCGUGUUGUGUUUUCCGCGCACUGAAGCUUUCGAAGCCUGGCUUUUCCUCUCGCAUUUCAUACAUAUCGACAAGCCUAGGCAUAUCGAAGUCACAUGCUCGAGCGGAUGGAACGAGAUACAGCGGACUGAGAUACGCCUGAAGUCGGCAUCCGCCGGUCUACGCCUGCGCACGGCCAAUGCAACCACAACAUCAGGGGACGCGCAGAUUGUGGAAAAACCCAGUCCGGGUGUCCUUCGCACUGGAGGACUUGCCGCGAAUUCCACUGUGACCUUCCAGAUUCCUUACGAGACCGAGACAAUGCUGCCUGACCUCACGAUUAAGAUGGAAAUUGACUAUUAUACUGAAAACGGCCAGUUUCAGUACCACUCGUCAUUCACGAUUCCAGUCGAGCUACCUCUGGAUGUCAACGUUCACGAUCACUUCAAGAACGCUUCUCUCUUCUCGAAAUUCAACAUCAAGACUGCAAGCCAGGUACCGUUGGAGAUUACAGAUGUGUCACUUGAAGGUUCAGAUGAAUACGAUGUCGUUGCACCGAAGAAAACGGAAGGUCCCUUCCAGGUGUUUCCAAAACAGCCUGUUGCUGUCACCUACAAAGUCACCAAGAAAGGUGUUGAGGCUGGUGGCCGUAGAAAGAGCCAGGUUACUAACAAUGGAAGCCUUGCCCUUUCCGUGGAAUACCGUUGCCUAGAUGAAGAGGUCAUAGACCGAACGCGCGCUUUCUUUGGGAGUGCGGUAGAGAACGGCCCAGUCCGUCGCCUGGCCCGCCUUUUGAUCAACACCUUCACAGAGCGGCUUAGACAUCGGGUUUUACCCCCUCAAUUCGAAAGAGUUGCCCUGCUGCAGCAGGUUGACAUGGGUUCAUUCGAGGACAUGGGCUGGGAGGAGUGCAUCGAAAGCCUACCGCAGACAGUGCGAGAGGACACUCGCAGCUGGCUACAGAAGUGGCAUCAGAAUCACAAAUCGGUCCUUCUACCAAAGACGACGGACUCGGAAACCACUGUUCCCGGUGCUGCUCCGCCCUCUCCUAACCCAUCUCGGCGCAUGAUAAUAACAGUCUCAAUACCACAAACACACAUCCUGCACACAGCGUCUCUCUCGCUGGCAUCAGCGGAUUCCUCAUCGUCACACGGCUCGACCAUCGCCGUGGUGGGCCAGCCUCUCAUGGCCGAACUCAGCAUCAAGCACACCCGCCGCUGGUGCACUCAAAGUAGCCUUUUGUCAGCAGCCAAUCUUUCGAAGCCCGACGACGCGAUCGAUUUCAUCUACACGCUGGAAGCGAACCCUGACACGUGGCUGGUGGCCGGGCAGCGGCGGGCUCACUUCACAGCCAAGGAGGAUGACGAGCAGCAGUUCUCCGUCAUGCUGAUACCAUUACGACCCGGGACGGCACUUGUUCCGAACGUCGAGAUCCGUGCAAAGAUCGCACCCAAGAGCGAAGAUGACAAGAAGAAGGACGGAACGGGAGAAGAGGAGGCGCUCAACUGUGAAACCGACUACUUGACGUAUGGGGAGUGUGUCGUGGUGGUGCCCGACGUGAAGAGCAGUACCGUGGGAGUCGGAGACAUGAGCUCGGCUCGGAGCGCUGUAUGGCUCGAGGCGGAGAGCAGGUAGACUCACACACGACAAUCCCGAUCACGUAGCAUGGUGGGCACCGCCAGAGUAAUUACUGAUGCAUCUAGAACCGAUAGCAAUGAAGGGCACGUGAUGUAGGCUGGCAUGCGUUGCUGUGUUGUCGCGGCAGCGGGGCGGCGCCGCGCGGAGCCAAUCAACGGCGCCGACAGCGGUGGAUGCCAACGGGCGGACAGCACGCACCGACAGCCGAUUGGCCGCUCGCCCAGACCCUUGUUGAUCUGGCGCGCGUGUGCUCGCUGCCGGACAUGUUAGACGCGUCGCGGCCCGUCCCUCGCAGCUCCCAACAUCGCACCCACUCUUGCUCCCAUUC